GUACUGAUGGGGCCGCGUUUGAUAUGUCCCACGUGACCCUUACCUGCGACCAGCCAGCUGGGUUUAAGGAGGGGAAGCACUCCUGCCAGCCCAGCCACGGUCAGGGAGGGAGAGAAAAAAAACCACACACCCAAGCUGCAGCUCACUCUCAGGACACACACACCUGUAGAGCUCACAGAGGACAAGAACUGGGCUGUGAGUGAGGGACCAUGCUGAGUUACCCAUGGCUACAGUCCUCACUGGGCACCUUCCUUCUACUCCUGCUCUGCUGCGAUGCUCUGGCCUUGGUUGUGCUGCAGAACAAUCUGAGGAACAGCAAUGAGAGACCCAUCAUUGGGAUAUUGGCACAGGAAAGUCUCUCUAAAACAUUUCGUAAGUAUGGAAAAUCCUACAUUGCUGCUUCAUAUGUGAAGUUUAUAGAAUCUGCUGGUGCACGAGUUGUGCCAAUAAGACUAUAUCGUUCAGAAAAAGAGUAUGACAAAAUUUUCCAGGCUACUAAUGGGGUACUUUUCCCAGGAGGUGGUGUUAGUCUUAAGACUUCAGAAUAUGCUAGGGUUGCUAGGAUAUUUUACAAGAAGGCACUAAAGGCUAAUGAUAAAGGAGACUAUUUUCCUGUCUGGGGAACAUGUCUGGGACAUCAAGAGCUUACAUACCUCACCAGUGAGAAGAACUUACUGGUUAAAACAAAAACCGAGAAUAUUUCACUCCCACUGACGUUUACCACAGCUGCAAAAGACAGCAGGAUGUUCCAGAAUUUUCCAGAUGACUUGUUGCAAAAACUUGCCACUGAGCCUUUGACGGCACACUUUCACAAGUGGAGUCUCUCCAUGAAGAAUUUCAGAAAGAAUGAGAAACUACACAACUUCUAUAAGGUUCUGACAACUAACACAGAUGGAAAGAUAGAGUUUGCAUCCUCAAUGGAAGCAUAUAAAUACCCUAUUUAUGGUGUUCAGUGGCAUCCAGAAAAAAGUCCUUUUGAAUGGAAGAACGUCUCAGGCAUACCACAUUCCCCAUCAGCUGUGAAAGUAACAUAUUACAUAGCAGACUUCUUAGUUAAUGAAGCCCGGAAGAGCCUGCACCAUUUUCCCAGUAAGGAUGAAGAGACUGAAGCAUUGAUUUAUAAUUAUGUCCCUGUUUUUAGUAGUGCAUUUUCUAUAUUUCAGCAAAUCUAUUUUUUUUGAUUGAACAUCCAUUCCCUGGUGUCGGAUAGCUAUCUGUAAAUAGUUAUUUGUUGCAAGUUUUAUAAUUAAACUCAUGUUGUGCAUUGCAAGUGGCAGAACUCCAGAAUGCUUAACUUACUUUACAGUGAUUUAU